AUGUCGCCAUCAUAUGGAAAUGGCGGAGGAAGUUACGGUGGAGGAAUGGGAGAUUAUGGUGGAGGUGGAGGCGGUGGUGGUUAUGCCCAGUCUGGAGGAGGAGGUUACUCCACUGGCGGUGGAUACAGAAGGAGACAUGCUCGAGCAGCUGAGCAGAAAAAGGGAACAAGCUCUGAUAUUGAAUGCAGCAGCGAUGAAGUAAAGGAAAUUAUCAAGAAGGCGAUGAGCGACGACGAAGCCGAAACCCGUACGAAGAUCACAGCCGAACUUGUAAAGAAGAAUGACAAGCUAGCUGUAUUCUGCACACCCCACUCCUUCGACUUUACCAUCUCAAAGAGCGCCGAAUUCUGCUCCGUCAAAGGAGAGAAAUUCACUUGCUAUGCUUUCGUCUUCACCGACUAG